CUGGCCCUGUGCCGCCUCGCCGCGCCGCUCGCCAAGAGCCUGGAGCCGGUGUCGUGGAGCUCCGCGAACCCCAAAUUCAUGACUGGGAAGGGGCUGGUCAUCUACCCAGAGAUUGGGGAUAAACUGGACAUUAUCUGCCCCAAAGCGGAGCCGUCCAAGCCUUACGAGUACUACAAACUGUACCUGGUGAGGAAGGAGCAGGCGGAUGCCUGCAGCACCGUCAUGGACCCCAACGUGCUGGUGACGUGCAACCGGCCCGAGCAGGAGAUCCGCUUCACCAUCAAGUUCCAGGAGUUCAGCCCCAACUACAUGGGCCUGGAAUUCAAGCGGCAACAGGAUUACUUCAUCACAUCCACUUCCAACGGCACGCUGGAUGGCCUGGAGAACCGGGAAGGAGGGGUCUGCCAGACACGCUCCAUGAAGAUUGUCAUGAAAGUGGGGCAGGAUCCAAACGCGGUGAUCCCAGAGCAGCUGACAACGAGUCGGCCGAGCAAGGAGUCGGAUGACACCGUGAAGGUCGUCACGCAGAGCCCACGCAGCAAGGUCCCGGCGGUGGAGGAGCCUGGCAAGCCAGGCUCUGUCAACCAGGACGGUCAGGAGACGCAAGGUCCCAGCGAUGGCUUCCUGAGCAUCCAGGAGGGGGUUGUAGCUGGCCAGGCAUUAGGAUUGGGCUUGGUGGCUCUCAGUUGUGGAGGCUGUGGGGACUCCGGUGAUCCAAACGCGGUGAUCCCAGAGCAGCUGACAACGAGUCGGCCGAGCAAGGAGUCGGAUGACACCGUGAAGGUCGUCACGCAGAGCCCACGCAGCAAGGUCCCGGCGGUGGAGGAGCCUGGCAAGCCAGUUCCAUGCUCGGGACACUGCUGGCAAACCCGGAGACUCCACCAUCCCUUUGUGAUUUGGGAUUUCCCCGUGUCACCCCUUGGGCCCUGCAGGAAGUGCCCGCCAGCGCCGUGGGGUCCCGGAGCCUGGAGCGACGCAGGGGCCUCGGUCCCAGGAGCAGCAAGCACACAGGGGGAUGAGGAGGAGGAUGCUUUGCCAAGGUGCCAAGAUGCAGACAACUGUGCAGGGAGGAAGCUGGCAAACCCGAUUUACUACUACUACUAUUAUUAUUAUUAUAAUUAUUUUAAUUUUUUUGUAACAUUUUUAUUUUUGUGAAUUCCGGGCAGGACUCCGGCCCGCCGCCUCCGGGCACACGCCAUCACCUCCUUCCAGCACGUGAUCCCGCCGGCCACGGGGCAGAUCCCGCUCCCCCAGCUGCCCCUGGAAACUUUUGUGUUCGUAGCUGUUGACUCUUGUUUUAGUCUCUUUAUAAAAAGAAAGAAAGAAAAAAAAAUUCUAUCUCCACCCUGUCUCAAGCAUUCAGUGCGCGAGGGGCCGGACACUGCUCCCGCCCCACGCGGAGCAGCCGUGGCCUGGCAGCUCUUCCCAACCCCUCUGGAGCAUCCCACUGUGGAAAAAAGCCUUUGGCUUUCUAUCGGGCUGGGGCUGAGCCUGCUGGAAGCAAGGUAGGGGGUGGCAGGGGGAAGCUGCAGCCCCCUCCCAGGCUGGGCAUACUGCAGGUGGUUGUCCUUGGAAAGGAAAACUGGAAAACAAAGAUUCCCGACCUGCAGCUCGUGCCAGGGGUGUCAGGAGGAGGCUGGUGCUUGGGGCUGGAAGCCCCCGAGUGGCUGGAGCACCAGGCUUGGCUUGGUUGGGAACUGAGCCAAAGGCUUUUCCACCCUCCUGGUUUACCUGAAGAAUCCAGUGCCCCUUGGCAGGACCUGCUUUGGGGACCAGCCCUGCUGUGCCUGUUCCCCGCCCUGCUCCUGGUGCAGGAGCAUUCCCUGUCCUGCUGCCUCCCGGGGGUCCCACAGCCCGGGCUCCCCUGCCCUUGCCUUGCCCAUCUCCUGCCCAAAACUGGAAGGGGUUGAGCCUGUCUGGUGGGAUCAUUCCCAGCUUCCUCUUCCCAGGAGGAGCCACCGGCACCAUGGCUGAUGCCAGUGAGCCCAGCGGGGCUGGCGAUGCCCUGGCACUGCCUGUCCUUGAGCUGUCCCCCCUUCCUCACUUUCUUUUCCUUCCAGCAGUAGCUGCUUUUGCUCAGGGAGCAGGAGUGGGGCCGGCAGGGCUGUUCCCGCCUGGGCUGUUCCCACCUGUCCCCAGGGCCCCGAGUCCCGCGUUAGGAAGUGCCCAAAGAGCGAGGGAGCUGCUCUGCUAAAGUGCCUUGACAAGGAGCGGGCGGGGGCGGGGGCAGAGCAGGGACUGGGGGUCUGUGGUCCAGGAGGAUCCGGUGGUCCGGGAGGAUCCGGUGGUCCCGGGAGGAUCCAGUGGCCCGGCUGCUGCGCUGGGGUUUGGCCCUGAGCGGAAUGGGAGCAUCCUGUGGUGUCACAUUGUUGGGUUUGCAGUUUAGGGCAGGAAUUUGGGCUGGAGCAGAGCAGGGUGUCCCAGCUCCCCUCCUGCCCUCGGCAUCCCGAGAUGGUUUUGCUUCCAGGGCCCUGAACCGGCUGCUUCCCUUGGGAGAGACAUGCCCCAGCGGGUGCUCCCCCCGCUUCCCCAUCCCAGCGCUGCUUCCCCAUGUAGCACCUUCCAUCCCUCUCUCCUCUGUGGGAUCCACUGCCCAUCCUGGCCUGGGAACUGCCCCCACCAGGACCCCCAUUCUCCGAUGGGGAAAUCCCAGAGAAUUGUGUCUUAAAAAAAUCCCCUUUCCCUCUUUCCUCUGCCAAACCUUAGCCUGUGUUUCCCGAAGCAGGCAGAGUCCUGGCUGGGUGGUGGUGGCAGUGGUGAUGGUGACAGUGACAGUGGAAUCCGUUAGGAAUAGUGACAGGAGUGGAGGGGGAAAUGAGGGGACGAUGUAGUUUUGUUUUGGUUUUGGUGGAGAAGGGACAAAGUCUGGCCACGGGUUGUACCAGAAGUGAUCUGACAGUGCCGGUGGCUUCUCCUGGUGGCUGUCCCCAGCUGAGGUCUCCAUCAGUCCCACUCCUGCUGCUGGGAACAGCUGCAAAACCUUGUAAAUAUGUGAAGAAAGGGUGAAAUCAGAACUCUUGGUUUUUGCUGAGCACCUCGGGAUGCUGGGUCCUGGAUCAGAGUGUGUCCCUCGGGUUCUUUUCAUGGAAAGCAUUGAAAUUUGGUUGAUUUUUCCUUUUUUUUUUUUUAUUUUUUAUGUUUUUGUUCCCCCCCUGUUUUGUUUGUGUAAAUACUAGUCUUUUUUGGAAGAAAUAAUGUAAAGAUGUUUUGUAUAAACUCCGAAUUAUUUUCUGGUUGCUUUUUCUUAGAAAAACAAAUGAGAACUUAAAAAAAAAAAGAUGAAAAAAAAAAGAAAUUUUAACCACAAGAACGGGUGUAAAACAUUGUCAUAGAGCUCAGCCUGGAGCCUGUGGGCUGUGCUGGAGUGUGGGAACUGCCGGGAUCGGGACUGGGGACCUGCCCUCGAUAUAAUGCAGGAUCAGAUGGGCUCCAAGCAGAGAGUGAGGCAGGAAUCUGGGAUUCUAGUCUAUCCUGGAAUCUGUGGCUCAUUCCCAGUGAGUCCCAGAGCUCUGAGCCCUGCCCUGGCCAUGGGCAGAGAGUUGUGGACACAUGGUGACCGAAAGGAGCAUCAGAUUUAUCUGCUUUCUUAUCUUUGACCGAAAAACUCCAGACUUGGGGAUGCAGAACUCAAUGCAACAUCCUGAGAUCCUGCUCUGCUUUACUGGGCCUGUGGUGGAGAUCCCUUUCCCAACUAUCCCUGUUUUCUGUUUGCCUAGUUUGGUUGUCAGCUGCCAGCUCACCAUGGCCCCAUCUCUUCUUGGUGCCUGGGCUGGGGUGGCUUCUCAGCUGUGCCCACCACAGUGAAAGGUCCCUGUCCAGGGGUGGUGGCUGUGCCAGUGCUCCAGUGUCACGUGGCAGCUUGAAGGCAUCAGGGAGCCCCCAGUUCUCCCAGCUGCUCCCAGGAGCUGGGCUGUGAACCUGCAUUAUAUCGACAGAGGGUUCCUGGGAGGUUCCAGAGGUGCUGGAGCAGGGAUGGACAUCCCUCUCUCCAUCCCGGCAAUGCCGCGCCCCUGCACGAACUCACCGCGCUCCCACAUUUCAGAGCUGUGCCACCUCCAUAUCCCACAGCGUCACAUCCGCGCCGUCCCCUGUCCCGAGGGGCCUGGCCCUGCCAUCAACCAGCCGGGGCUGCCGCUGCCCCUCCCCUGUGCCACGGCACCGCCGGAGCAGCCGGGUCCACCCUCCACUGCCGUUUGCCGAGAGGUGGAUACGGAGCUGGAGCCCGGAUGUGCUCCUGGUGCCGGGCCCGCGGGAUGGGGCUUGGGCUGAGCGGGAAUGGUUGGGCACCAUGUGGGGAACCUCCUCAGCUGCAGGGGCACAUCCUGGCUCUGGCCUCGGCAUCCCCGCGCUGGUUGAUCCUGCUCGGCUCCCGGUGGGGCUCCGGCGGUGCCGGGAUCCCCUCGGCCGCGCUCCCGGCACCGCAGAUUUUCUUUCUUCUUGUCAUGUUCCUGGUUUUGAUUCCUUUCGCCUUCUCCCAGCUCUCCCGCCCAGUAGCAUAUCAUCGGCAUCGGUAACAGCUCUGUGGCAGCUGAACUCCAUGGAGCCGUGAUGGAACCUGAUAUAUUGUUAAAUAAAAGGGUUUUUUUCCUAUGGAA